AUGGAGUAUAUUGCAUACACAGAUGCCAAACUUUAGUUUAUUGGAACUCGCAAGCACUUUUUUAGGGAUAAAUAAUAUUACGUGAGUGUUUUUGAGGAUUAUUUUGUCAUGGGCAUUGUAAGUCAUUCCACCCUUAUAAAAUAGACAAGUGAUACGUAGUCACCAAAAUACAAAAUCAACAUUGAUCUCAAUAUUAAAUUAAAUUGGGACUUGAAGAAACAGAAAAACAAUAUAAUUAUUUAAUCUUUUGCUUUUCCAUACAACAAUUCAUACAAGACACUUUAUGCUGACCACAACGAUUUGAUGAAGUAACUUUGAUUUAGUAUUACUAUAUCUUUCAGAUUCAAAGAGCUUCUUGGUCUCUCAGUAACAUACGAAGGCAUAGGCGAUCUCUAUAUUCCAAUUUUAUAAAUUGGGAAGGGAAGUUCAGCUAAAGUAAGCAUCAAAAUUACGUUAAGGUAUACAGUGCUUAAAAUGUUUUGGAUUAAAACACGUAUGCGAUAAAAGCGAUCGAGAAGUCGUUUUUAAACUAAACGGAAAAAGGACAGGGCUUGGUACUUUAACCCAAUCUAUGAACUAGGCAGCCUAUAAGAUGGAAGUGCGGAUUCUCAAAAUCCUCUCACCUUUUUCUUAGAGCUUUCUUAAUUUAAAGGAGAUAUAUGAAGGAGAUCAAACCUACUAUUUGGUAACAGAUUACUUGGAGGGAGCCAGUCUGAGUGAAGAAAUCGAGAGAGCAAAAGUAACAUUUGAAUUAAUUAUUAGAAUCUCCCUGAUCGUAGAUUGCCUGUCCAAACAAUUAAAAUAUUAAUGUACAAAUUAUUAUCAAAUUUAGCCUUGCUGCAUGAAAAUAAAGUAUUUAAUAAAAUAUAAUGCAAGAUUAUUCACAGAGAUCUCAAACCUGACAAUCUGAUGUUUGCUAAGAAAAAUGAUUACUCCUCAUUGGUUCUAGUGGAUUUCGGAUUGGCCACUCUAGAAAAUCUUGAAAAGUAUACAAAAAAAUAAGAGAAUAUCAUAGAUUUCUAUUUCCUAAAUGUGGAACUCCAGGGUAUGUGGCUCCAGAGGUUCUUAAUUUAAAUCCUUAGAAUAGAUACACAACCAAAGUGGAUAUCUUUAGUAGUGGUUGUAUUCUUUAUAAAUUGUUAACUGGAAAAAGCAUUUUUGGAGGCAAAACAUUUGACGAUGUUUUGAGAGCAAAUAAGAAAUGCUUUAUUGAUUUGGAUCUUCCUCCUGAUCACAUUUAUUUGACAGAUCUUUCUCUUGUAAUCAAUGCAACAUAUAAUCGUAGAAUUUAUUAAGUUAAUUAUUGAACAAAAAUGCAAAUUCAAGAAUAACUGCUAGAUAAGCACUUCGUCAUCCUUUUUUUGAUUAAAUCAAUGAAUAAAGCACUUAAGUGUUGUCCACUUUUGCAACCAACGUGAAGUUAAGUCACAAUGGGAACAUAAAUUUAUAAUGCGAAGAAUAGAUGUCCAAAUAUGAAAUUGAGGAGAAUUAGGUGAAUUGUGAAAUGAAGGAAGAGGAAUAGAAUACUAUUUCAAUUCCUGCAACAAAACGAUGCUCUUUAAUGAAUGAGUUCUAAUCCUCGUCUAAAUCUCCAACUAAGUUUUAUUAGAAAGAACCUUCAUCUACCAUGAGGUGCUUUAAAUUGUUUGAUUUGGCUAGUCCUAGGGGAGAUUCAAAUGAAAUCGAAAGUGAAUGA